UUGUAUAGUUGUGAUGGUAACUCACCCAUUCAUGUUGGCAGUAUUACACGUAGGAAUGAAAGUUCGCGUCGCGUGCUGUUCUCUUAUAUAUAGAAAGGUAUUGAGGUUAAAAUUUACAUCAUUAGGAGGACGUACCGUAGGAAACGUUGUUAAUCUAAUGUCUAACGAUGUAAAUAGGUUCGAUCUAGCCGCUAUGUUUGUCCAUUAUAUCUGGAUAUCUCCUUUACAAUUGUGUUGCAUUAUAUAUUUUAUGUACAGAGAAGUGCAAUGGUCAGCAUUAGUAGGAGUUAUUGCUAUAAUAAUAGUUAUGCCGCUUCAAUUACUUUUUGGCGUAAGAUCAGCAACACUAAGAAAAUAUGCUGGUGCAAGAACCGAUGAAAGGGUUAGACAAAUGAACGAGAUUAUACAAUCUAUCCAAGUUAUUAAAAUGUAUGCUUGGGAAAACGCAUUUGCGGAAUUAAUAAAACAUCUGAGGAAGAAAGAAUUAAAAAUUCUAAUACAGACAUCGUACAUUCGAGGGCUAAUAAUGUCUUUCAUAAUGUUCACAACCAGAUCUGCUAUAUUUUUAACAGUAAUGUCUUUUAUAUUUUUGGGCAACAAUAUAACAGCAGAUAAAACGUUUAUGAUCAUUUCCUAUUACCAGAUAUUGAGGCAAACCAUGACAGUGUAUUUUCCUCAAGGAGUUGCAAUGAUAGCGGAAGCUAUGGUUUCGGUAGAAAGAAUCGAAGAAUUUAUGGUAACUGAAGAAACCUCUAUAGGAGAUCCCAGUCCCUUAGAUGAAAAUUGGCAAAAGAAAUUAAGGCAUUUGAAAGACCGGAAGUUAAACAAUUUUUAUGGGAGACAGGCGUCUGUUCAUGUCUCGCACGGAAUCGCCAAAUAUGGAGACGUCGUUUGCUUGGACGAUAUAAAUUUUAGAUUGACGGCGGGAACGUUGUUUGCUAUCGUAGGGCCAGUAGGUGCAGGAAAAAGUUGUAUACUUCAAAUGGUUAUGGGAGAGUUACCAUUAUAUAGCGGGAGAAUUGUAGUGAAUGGGGUAGUUUCUUACGCUGCGCAAGAAGCUUGGUUGUUUGCAGGUUCCGUCAGACAAAACAUCCUGUUUGGUAGGGAAUUCAAUUAUCAAAGAUACAGAGAUGUUGUUAAAGUCUGUGCUCUCACUAGAGAUUUUUCCAUGCUUCCAUUCGGAGAUAGAACCAUUGUGGGGGAGAGAGGCAUUUCUCUAAGCGGCGGUCAAAGAGCCAGAGUGAAUUUGGCGAGGUGCGUUUACAAGGAGGCUGAUAUUUAUUUGUUGGAUGAUCCUUUGUCCGCCGUCGAUAUACAUGUCGGACAACAACUGUUCGAAGGAUGCAUAAAGAGGUAUCUUAAAGAUAAAAUAGUCAUUUUGAUAACGCACCAGCUGCAAUAUUUGAAACGAGCCGAUCAUAUUGUUAUUAUGAACGAGGGAGUCAUUCAAUGCCAGGGUCCGUAUAUGGAUUUGAUAGGACAAGAUGAUAUUCCACAAUUUGCACAUAUAUUGAAAGAAAUUUCGACCACGACGCCAGUGGAAGAAAAAGAAGUUGAAAAAUUACUAAAAGGUAUUUCUGUAACUAGCGCGGUGUUUAACAGUAUGAUCGAUAUUGAAGGUAAAAAGACACGUCCUUUAGUUGUACCAGAAAUGAGGACUGUAGGAGCAGUCGAAUUUACUAAUUACACCGAAUAUUUUAAAGCUGGUGCGAAUGGUUGCGGAAUAUUCUGUAUGGUAUUUUUAUUUUUAUUCGCACAAUUUGUUGCAAGUUUCGGGGAUUAUUUCCUAGCACAAUGGGUUAACGUGGAAGAGCUUCGAAUGCACAGGGGAUCAGCUGAGUCGAUGGCAUUUUUUAACCGUUUCUCGAGGAAUGACUUCAUCAUUAUUUAUAAUGUGCUAAUUGUAGGGACGAUCGUUAUAGCGAUUUUAAGAUCUAUAGUUUAUUAUACAAUUUGUAUGAGAGCAUCUCAAAGACUACACAAUAGGAUGUUUGAAAGUGUUAUACAUGCAGUACUUUUAUUUUUCAAUUUAAAUACCUCCGGCAGAAUAUUAAAUCGUUUUUCGAAAGAUUUGGGACAAGUGGAUGAACUACUACCGAAUGCUUUUUGUGACACCACCCAACUAUUAUUGAGUUUAGUAGGAGCUGUAUUAGUAGUGGCUAUUGUUGAUUAUUAUUUGCUGAUACCAAUUUUUAUGGUCAUGAUAACAUUCUUCUUCUUGAGAGACAUUUAUCUCAGGACAAGCCGAAACGUCAAGAGGUUGGAGGGUAUCACUCGAAGUCCGGUGUUUGCACAUUUGAAUGCGACUUUACAAGGUUUGACAACUGUUCGUUCGAAUGGCGCUGAAAAAAUUUUAGUCGAAGAAUUCGAUUAUCUUCAAGAUAUACACAGUAGUGCUUGGUUCAUGUUUUUAUACACGUCAAGAGCCUUUGGACUUUGGCUAGAUUUAAUUUGUACAACGUUUAUCAUGUACGUUACCUACAACUUUGCUAUAUUUGAUACAGAUCAGUAUGGUAGUGGUGUAGGAUUAUCUAUCACUCAAUGUAUAGGUCUUAGCGGGCUGGUGCAAUGGGGAAUGAGGCAGUCUGCUGAACUCGAGAAUCAAAUGACUUCGGUUGAAAGAGUCCUUGAAUUUACUAAAAUUCAGCACGAACCUCCAUUGGAAUCGACUCCCGAUAAUAAACCACCAGCAAAUUGGCCAAAAUAUGGUAAAAUUGAAUUCGUCGAUACUACCAUGAAAUAUAGUUUAUUCGAACCGCCUGUUUUAAAAAAUUUGAAUAUACUUGUUAAACCAAGAGAAAAGAUAGGAAUCGUGGGAAGGACGGGAGCAGGAAAAUCGUCUCUUAUCAAUACACUUUUCAGGCUGACAAACUACGAUGGUUUAAUACUAAUUGACAAUCUUGAUAUCAGCGUGAUGGGUUUACAUGAUUUGAGAAAGAAGAUAUCAAUCAUACCUCAAGAACCCGUAUUAUUUUCUGGCACACUUAGAUAUAACCUGGAUCCUUUUAACGAAUAUACCGAUGAACAGAUUUUCGCAUCGUUGUUAGCAGUAGAAAUUAAAAACGCGAUGCAGAGUGGAAUUAAAUGCCUUGAUGACAUUAUGACUGAAGGGGGCACAAAUAUUAGCGUAGGCUCCAGACAAAUGGUAUGUUUAGCUAGAGCAAUUUUAAGAAACAACAGAAUACUAGUACUAGACGAAGCUACUGCUAAUGUGGAUGCUCAAACGGAUAGAUUUAUUCAAACGACAAUUCGUACAAAAUUUGCUCACUGUACAGUAUUAACAAUUGCUCAUAGAUUGAACACUGUUAUGGAUUCCGAUAAACUUCUGGUUAUGGACGGUGGUAGGAUGAUAGAAUACGAUCAUCCUCAUGUAUUGAUUCAAAAUAAUGGUUUAUUGGCGGAGAUGGUGAAGAAAACUGGACCUGGCAUUUCAGACAGACUAAAAAUAAUUGCCAAAGAGAACUUCCAGAUGAGGCAACAAUUUGAGAUGAGGAAUAUCGUGAAUGAUGUUGUACGUCAGGCGCUAGAUGUUGUUUCAACAAUCGAUUAUUUCAACGAUUAAUGUACAUUUCAAAAUAAC